GGUUGUAUUUUGUUCAUUCAAUUUUAAACGUCGGUACUUUAAGUUGCGUGCUCUCGUGCGGUGGAGUUUGAAGAGAUUUGUUCCAGCCCAAAUUUGACGAAAUCAAUUUUGGGGGAAUAUAUUUCACUUUCUAUAUUACUGACUGGUCGGUGGACGUGUACGAAGAAUAGUUAAUAAACAUUUAAUAGAAACGCUUUAAAUACAAAACAAUAAUAAACCAUGGGAAUUAAAUUCCUCGAAGUCAUAAAGCCCUUCUGCAGUAUACUGCCAGAAAUUGCCAAACCCGAACGCAAGAUCCAAUUUAGAGAGAAAGUGCUAUGGACCGCCAUAACGCUCUUCAUCUUCUUGGUAUGCUGUCAAAUACCUCUUUUCGGUAUCAUGAGUUCCGACUCAGCUGAUCCCUUCUACUGGAUUCGUGUGAUCUUGGCCUCCAAUCGUGGUACCCUCAUGGAAUUGGGUAUUUCGCCCAUUGUUACAUCUGGCUUGAUUAUGCAAUUGCUGGCCGGUGCCAAAAUCAUUGAAGUUGGUGACACUCCCAAGGAUCGUGCUUUAUUCAAUGGCGCCCAAAAACUCUUCGGCAUGGUCAUUACUAUUGGUCAAGCCAUCGUUUAUGUCAUGACUGGCAUGUAUGGCGAUCCAUCUGAAAUUGGCGCUGGUGUCUGCUUGUUGAUCAUCAUUCAAUUGUUUGCCGCCGGUUUGAUUGUCUUGCUUUUGGAUGAAUUGUUGCAAAAGGGCUAUGGUCUGGGAUCCGGUAUUUCGCUCUUCAUUGCCACCAACAUUUGCGAAACCAUUGUAUGGAAGGCUUUCUCACCAACCACCGUUACUACUGGACGUGGUACCGAAUUCGAAGGUGCCGUCAUUGCCUUGUUCCACUUGAUGGCCACCCGCAACGAUAAGGUCCGUGCCUUGCGUGAAGCCUUCUAUCGUCAAAACUUGCCCAACUUGAUGAACUUGUUGGCCACCGUUCUCGUUUUCGCCGUUGUCAUAUACUUCCAAGGUUUCCGUGUCGAUCUACCCAUCAAGUCUGCCCGUUAUCGCGGUCAAUACAGCAGCUAUCCCAUCAAAUUGUUCUACACCUCCAACAUUCCCAUCAUCUUGCAAUCGGCCCUCGUCUCCAACUUGUAUGUCAUCUCACAAAUGUUGGCUGUCAAAUUCCAAGGUAACUUCUUUAUCAACCUUCUCGGUGUCUGGGCUGAUGUUGGUGGUGGCGGCCCAGCUCGCUCCUAUCCAAUUGGCGGUCUCUGCUACUACCUAUCGCCACCAGAAAGUGUCGGUCACAUCUUAACCGAUCCCAUUCACGCCAUUCUCUAUAUCGUCUUCAUGUUGGGCUCUUGCGCUUUCUUCUCCAAGACAUGGAUUGAUGUAUCUGGAAGCUCUGCCAAGGAUGUUGCUAAACAAUUGAAAGAACAACACAUGGUUAUGCGUGGCCAUCGUGAAAAUUCUAUGAUCCAUGAAUUGAACCGUUAUAUUCCCACAGCCGCUGCCUUCGGUGGUCUGUGCAUUGGCGCUUUGUCUGUUUUGGCCGAUUUCUUGGGUGCCAUCGGUUCUGGCACCGGUAUCCUGUUGGCUGUCACAAUCAUCUACCAAUACUUCGAAAUCUUCGUUAAGGAACAAUCCGAAAUGGGUGGUAUGGGCACGCUGCUGUUCUAAGCAUAUCCAAAAAUACAGCUUAAAGCAAAGUGUGUUUAUGUUGUAUGUUUAGAUUCAUAAGUAACUAUCCGAAACAUUUUACGCUUCGGAUUUUUAUAAUAAUUCUCUGUAAUUUACUUACUUACCUAUUACAACAACAGAAGUGAGGCGCAGAGGUGCGGGGUGACCCAAACGAAAAUAUGUUAGCCAAGUAUUUCUAAAUUUUAUUAGAGAUUUUUUAAACGAUGAGAUUUACAAUUGUUCUAUUCACACCGUCCGACCUCUGUAAUAGGAGAGUUGUUUGUAAGCCUUGAGUUUUGUAACACCUCAAAACUUGUUUGUUGUUUCCUUCUGAAAUUCCACUAAUUUAUUUGAGAAAGUCAUUUCAUUUAAAGCGAUAAAAUGCCUCCAUCUACGCAUGAAAAUAUAUCAUUGAAUUUAAGUUUCUUUUUUUGUAUCGAUUAAGUAAGAUUUACAAAAAAAUAAAAACCCAACUAAGCUGUUGAUACUUUUUUACUACAGUACAAGACAAAA